AGCUCAGGCCUGCCCCAGUGGCCACAAGUCAGGGAGGCCGCAAAUUUUUAACUAGACACAUUGAUCAUUAAUAGGGGGUUAGAAAGAGUUCAAACUAAGUCUCACUCUGGGACAUAGACCAAUUGUGCCUCAGGCCUCCUGCAGAGAUGCUGGGUCCCCAAGUCUGGUCCUCUGUGAGGCAGGGACUAAGCAGGAGCUUGUCCAGGAAUGUGGGGGGCUGGGCCUCAGGGGAGGGGAAGAAGGUGGACAUUGCAGGCAUCUACCCCCCUGUGACCACCCCCUUCACUGCCACUGCAGAGGUGGACUAUGGGAAACUGGAGGAGAAUCUGCACAAACUGGGCACCUUCCCCUUCCGAGGCUUCGUGGUCCAGGGCUCCAAUGGAGAGUUUCCUUUCCUGACCAGCAGUGAGCGCCUCGAGGUGGUGAGCCGUGUGCGCCAGGCCAUGCCCAAGAACAGGCUCCUGCUAGCUGGCUCCGGAUGCGAGUCCACUCAAGCCACAGUGGAGAUGACCGUCAGCAUGGCCCAGGUCGGGGCUGACGCGGCCAUGGUGGUGACCCCUUGCUACUAUCGUGGCCGCAUGAGCAGUGCAGCCCUCAUUCACCACUACACCAAGGUUGCUGAUCUCUCUCCAAUCCCUGUGGUGCUGUACAGUGUCCCAGCCAACACAGGGCUGGACCUGCCUGUGGAUGCAGUGGUCACGCUUUCCCAGCACCCGAAUAUUGUGGGCAUGAAGGACAGUGGUGGUGAUGUGACCAGGAUUGGGCUGAUUGUUCACAAGACCAGGAAGCAGGAUUUUCAGGUGUUGGCUGGAUCGGCUGGCUUUCUGAUGGCCAGCUAUGCCUUGGGAGCUGUGGGGGGCGUGUGUGCCCUGGCCAAUGUCCUGGGGGCUCAGGUGUGCCAGCUGGAGCGACUAUGCUGCACAGGGCAAUGGGAAGAUGCCCAGAAACUGCAGCACCGCCUCAUUGAGCCAAACGCUGCGAUCAUGCUUUUGGUAUCAAGUCUAAUAACUCUUAAAGAGUUCUGGGCACGGUGGCUCACACCUAUAAUCCCAGCACUUUGGGAGGCCGAAAUGGGUGGAUCACGAGGUCAGGAGUUCAAGACCAGCCUGGCCAAGAUGGUGAAACCCCGUCUCUACUAAAAAUACAAAAAAAAAAAAAAAAAAAUUAGCUGGGGGCAGUGGCAGGUGCCUGUAAUCCCAGCUACUCAGGAAGCUGAGGCAGGAGAAUCGCUUGAACUCGGAGGGCAGAGGCUGCAGUGAGCCGAGAUCGUGCCAUUGCACUCCAGCCUGGGAGACAGAGUGAGACUCCAUCUCAGAAAAAAAAAAUAUAUAUUGAAGAGUUCUUAGAAGAUCAUAAAGAUUUUCUCUUAUUUUUUUCUUUUAAGUUUUAUAGUUUUAUGUUUUAUAAGUCUGUGACCCAUUUUAAGUUAAUUUUUGUAUAAAGUCAAGGUUUUGUGGUUUUAUUCCCUAAUGGAUAUCCACUUGCUCUAGCAUCUUUUGCUGAAAAGGCCAUCUUUCUUCCAUUGAACUGCUUGCGUGCCUUUGUCAAAAAUCAGUGGGGUGUAUUUGUGUGGGUCUAUCUCUGGGUUCUCUAUUCUUUCCACUGAUUUAUAUGUCUAGCUCUCUGCAAUACCACACAGACUUGAUUGCUGUAGCUAAGUCUUAAAAUCAGGUAGACUGAUUCCUCCCACUUUGUUCUUUUUUUUUCCUUCAAAAUUGCUUUAGUCUAAUUUCUUUACCUUUCCAUAUAAAUUUUACAAGAAUCUUGUUUAUAUCUACAAUAAAAUCUUGCUGGGCCUUUGAUCGAAAUUGUGUUAAGCCUGCAUACCAAUCUGGGGACAACUGACUUCUUUACUAUAUUGUCCUCCAGUCCUUGAACAUGGUACAUUUCUCUGUUUAUUUAGAUCUUCUUUAUUUCUUCAGCAUUUUGUAGUUUCCAGCCAAGAAGUCCUGUACAUAUUUUUAAAAAUUGACACCUAAGGAUCUGGUGCAGAGUGGCUCACACCUGUAAUCCUAGCACUUUUGGAGAUAGAGACGGCAGUAUUGCUCGAGGCCAGGAGUUUGAGACCUACCUGGGCAACAUGGCCAGACCCCAUCUCUGAAAAAAAAAAAAAAAAGAAAAAAAAAGACACCUCUGCACUAGGCUCUGUACUAGGCAUCUAUGGACAUCCUGCUGCCUGGAGGGUAGAAGAGCCCCCUGGCUGCCCCCUACACACUGCCUCCACUGCAUUGCCUGUGUGUCUGGCAGCAGGUGGGGUGGGCUCUGGUGGCCUUUUAAAGAUGAGCAGUGGUGCAAGUCCUGACUUCGCUCCACCUGGCCUGCUCUGACACCACCCAGCUGGGAGCGGGGGUGGCAGUUCAGACUCCUUCAUUCAGUCUUUGCUGGCCUGGUUGGUGUUUGGCUGGAGUAGAGCAGUUACUGUCUGAAAGCUUUCCAUCUUGCUAGGCAACCCCUUUUCUGGUCCUCUGGCUAGAGAGAACUGGCUUCUGUUAGUGCGUGUAUUGUCUGUACCCAUUGGCACUGCGUGCUUGCUGACUUCUUCAGCUCCAAGUCUGGGCCAGGGUACGUAGCACUGUGUUACUUCUUGGGUCUCUAGGUCCCUUGUUGGUCUUCCUUCUCUCUGCCUUCCAGAGUCUUCUUAUGUCUGUUUUUUAUAUAAUGUCCAGAUAUAUAUAUAUAAUUUUUAUAUAAUGUCCAGAUAAUAUUUUUAUGUAACAUCCAGAGCUUUUAGUUGUACUUAUUGGGAAGAAUUGGGACAAGUACAUCUACUCCAUCUUCCUGAAAGUAAAUGCUCUAAGUAUUUUUCUAAAUGGUGAUUUUUUUCCCCCUAAGAACAUUAAAGUGGGUGAAAAAACAUUGAAAACUGAGAAGUAGGUAUGUUAAAACUCACAGCACUAUUUUAGGCUUAAAUAUUUCAUAUACCAAAAACAUGAUUUAUUAUAAUUUUAUUUUCCUGGCUUUGAUGGAAGCAAACUCAUCAAAACAUAUUUUUCCAAGUCUACUUCUAGAGAAAGAGUAACCAUUAAAAAGAUACCAGCAGGGCACAGUGGCUCACACCUGUAAUCCCAGCAAUUUGGGAGGCUGAGGCAGGAAGAUCAUUUGAGGUCAGGAGUUUGAGACCAGCCUGGGCAAUAGAGUGAGAUUUUGUCUUUAGUAAAAAUAAAAGAAAAUUAGCCAGGCGUGGGAGUGUGCAACUCUAGUCCCAGCUACUCAGAGGCUGAGGCAGGGAGAUUGCUUGAGCCCGUGAGGUCGAGGCUGCAGUGAGCUAUGAUCAUGCCACUUCACUCCAGCCUGGACAAAAGAGCAAGACCCUGUCUCAAAAAAAGAAAUUUUAAAAAAUACAAUAAAUAAAAAUGAAAAAAUACACCAAAAACCCCAUGUAUAUGGGGCACACAUGAUUACUUAUGCACGAGCCUUCAAUAUGGUGGGGCACAGCUCUGUUGGAUCCUGUCUUUAUUUAAAGUUUUAUUCAUUGUGGAUUUUUUUUUGCAUUAAUUUUGAUUUUUAAAAAAUAUUGCAUUGAAAUAUUACUUAUUUUGUCCGGGCGCGGUGGCUCAUGCCUGUAAUCCCAGCACUUUGGGAGGCCAAGGCGGGCAGAUCGUCUGA